UAUCGUGUAUUUUGUUGCGCGAUUGUGCAGUAUCGAGUGAACGAAAGGAAAUCGUGGUAUCGCUGUGGUGAGAGUUGCGGUUGCAGGAAACGAUCCGACAGGAAAAGUGUCGCGACAGAGAUUUUUCCUAGACAGGACGAGGAGCAAUCGGGAUUCAGGCUCGCGACAACCGUGCUCGGUUCGAUGUGAUCGUCCGUCAGACGAUGAUCCCGGGAAUGACAGCGAGUCGAUCGACGUUAGGCGAACGCAGGGACGCGUGAUUACAUAGGAGAACGAGGAAGUAACGAUCGUCGAGAAGUGCGAUCCGGGCGAUAGUAACGCGCGUGUGCACGUAUGCUACGCUUCGCACGACACCCGUGGGAAGCUGUAAGAAUCACGGAUUAAUGCACGCAGGAAAUCACAGCAUGGAGGACAUAGUGACGGUCGCCAGCACGAGCACGCCAAGCACCAACACGGUUCAUCCCAGUGUCAACGACAUGGACUGGUUCGCCGGCGUUGCCGAGGAGGAACUGCUGUACUACACGGGCGUCGGGAACGACGUGGACUCUCUUUGGGCUGUGAUAGGAAGCUUCGUGCCACCGCCACCUAGACCUCCUUAUUUACCCGAGGAGGGUGUCACCACCGACGGACUCACCACCUGUGAUUUGUGCUCGUGGGCGUGGAGGAACGACAGGCAUUCCUUUUCCCUCGACGGCACUCUCGAAGCUCCCGGCGAACUAGGAUGGGUGCUCACCCUAGUGAUAGUGUCCCUAGUGUCGGCUGGCAUCGGCGCCGUGGUGAUGGUGACGCUUCUCCACUGUCGGAGGAUGAAGAGCGCUGGUGGCAGAGCGGGCUGCUGCGGCGUCGGCGUCGAGGACUCGAACGCUCAGGAAGCCGGUGGUCCAGGUGGCGGAGGCGGGUCUGGCGGUGGCGUGGCCGUUAUACCUGAUCGACCACCCCUCGAAUUAGACAAGCUGCCGCCUUAUCACGACGUCGCGCCUAGUCCUGGGCACAAUGUGUGGUCGUGGUUAGGCUCGCGACGCGGCGGCGGUACGCCAGGAGUCGUCACGACGCCUCUGACUCUUCCGCAACACAGAAGGGCCAUGAAUCUCCCCGUGGAGAACCAUUACACCCACAUGCAGACGGACGAAGCGCUCUACGCAGAACUGGACUCGCAGGCCGCGAGCUACGCGAGCGAUCUUCAACUACAAAUGAGAGGAAGCUCGACGUACGGUACAACUUCCGGCGGCCAGGACGACGAAUACCACGAGCUGGACGCCGCGAGGUUACAUCGUCAUUACGGCGGAGGCAACGAGGACGUAUCAUUACAGAGGGACACGCUCCGUACGCGGCACAGUAAAAGGUUACAAGAACCGGAUUACGAGAUGUACGAGAACGGGCCGUCAACGCCCGUGCCGCCGGGUCAGAUGCAGCACCACCAUCACCACCACCACCACCACAAUCACCACCAUCAUCAUCAGGAGCUGCGAAUCGGCAGCAGAAACGGGGAGCAUCCCUCGUACCAGAACACGGCGUACACCGGAAGCGACGCGGAGCCGGACGGACCGACGCUGAGCAGCGCGCCGAGCAGCGCCUACUACAGCGACCUGAGCUCAAACUCGGCGAACCAGCAGAUCCCCACAGGACCGUCCUCCAACAACAACACGAACCUACAUAUCAACUCGCAGGGCCUGGAGACGCCGCAGUACCGAUUGGCGGCGAUAAACGAAAGCGCAGUUCCGUCGGACUACAUCUAAGUGAACCGAAGUUAAAAAGUUACGGGAUUCGAAACUGAGUGAACAGUUCGACUAAACGAUAAACGCGUCAAGUGUUUCCGUUCCUUACUAUGUGAGGAGAUUAUUCGAGAACGCCGAAGAAGAGGAACACCGCUCGACGAUCAAGGCUCAGGAAUAUUUUUGUACAAACCGGGUGGCUUGAGAAAGCUCGUGGGAAAAUUAGUGACAUCGCCAGUGCGUGCCUAACAUUUCCAAGUGCCCGAUAUUGGAUUAAGUGGUGAAGGAAUUCGACGGUCCUACGUAAAAUGUAACGAGAUAAGUGAUUAAACGCAAUCGGUGACUACGUAUCGUAACCUUCAGCAGUGCCAUAAAUAUUUCCAACUCGCUAUUCGUUCGUCAUUUCGCGGGCUAACGAGCGCUCGUCGACGGUUGCGCGUUUCCUAAAACGAUUUCGCAUCGCUGGAUUAUAGCGCCGCGUAACGCACGGGGUCUUAAACUGCGAAAGCGUUACGAUCCUAAAUGAAUAGUAUCGCGUGAAAAUUAUAGGGAAGGGAAUCGCCAACGUUGAGGCUACCGUGCAGCCUUGCUCUUGUGCGUCGAGAAGAAGGUCGAGUUUCCAAUGUAUUCGCGGUUCUCUCAUCCGUAUCCGGUGAAACGAAUCGUUAUCUGUUUCUAUAACACGUUAUAUAACAAAAUUCUCGCGCGUGUGGUAAUUCGACUUUCGAACAGGAAACGACGAACCUAACAAUCAUUAUUCUCGUCUCAGGGACUGUCUAAAAUUAUUGUCGAAGCUAAAUCAAUCGGACCGUUGAAAGUCAAUUACAUUGGUUUAUCUUUCAUCUUUUCGUGCAAAUAUCUUGCAACCAUUUCAAUAAAAGACAGACGCAAUAGAAAAAUAGAAAUCGUGUCCCACACGAUUCACGACCGUGGAAGGUAGCUUCGAACGGUCAAUUGAUUUUGAUCAGACCAUAGUCUUCCGCGGCUUAUCGACGCGUUCAUGCCGGCGUGCAUCAUCGGGUGGCUCAUACAUAUUGUGCCGAACAGUGAAACAUUGAAAAAUCGCGUCGACGUGAACGUAAUGCGCCAACGUAUCGCUAGAAACGCCUAAACAACGCAUCAGCGAGCACUACUCGCUCUCAGACACCGUGGUCGGUUCACCAGGGUUCGUUCGCGAAACGAGAGAGUGUUUCCGCGGAAGCCAUGGAAGUGCACGAAACUACGCGGAAUAAAGUCGUUUCGAGGAACAGGUGUUUCCUAAUUUGACGUUCGAGGGCUUUCACUCGGCGCUCACGGCAACGUCCGCUCUGGUUUUGCAUUUGCAGCUAAUGGCACGCGGUGCUGCAGCUCCAUCCUUCCUCGCCCGUCAAUUCGUCCUGUUUCCGUGAAUGCGAUUAAUGUUUCGUCAAUUCGAGGGAUCUUCGCGUUGGACGGGUUCGAAGCAAAAACUCGCUCGAGUUAUUGACUUUCACUCGAACGCAAGUUUGGUCGAGGCCAUAUUUUUACCAAAGUGGUCUAUAGAGUGGCAGGUUAAGAUUGCAUAAGUCGCUGGUCUCCGAUAAUAUUUGCAAAAGGAAAAGAAAGUUGAAAAUCUUGGACAGACUUUUCUCUUCUGUCACAUUGGUUUCCACUAAGCAUCACUUUAAAUAAAAAUAAAGAUUCAUAGUUAGACAACGCACAGGUUUCAUAUGUAUUCUUCUUUGAGUCCGAUUUGGCCACCCGACGCACGGCGAGGGUUCUUCAUUCGAUUUGCAUUAGAAGGGAGACAGCUUCGUAACAUCGUGCGAAAGUAUUCGUCACUGAAUCGUUAAACAGAAUCUCCAGGCCUCCAUCAGGGACCAAUCGUUUAUCUUCGACCCUCGUUCGAUGGAGGAAUUAAUUCGUUUCACCCGAUUCGGCAGGACUCGUUUAAUCGUCGCCGUCGUGUUCUCUUAAUUACCUUCCCUCGGACAGUCCCGAUUGUUCCUUCGACAAAACACGAACUCGAGAAGACGUUCCACCUCGAGAUUCUCCGCAGCGGCCGCGUUUACGUCUUUCAUUCGUGUCUCACCUGCGCCUGUCCGUCGACGCGCAACCACCGCACACCUUCGAAGCGCGUAUGCGAUACCCAAGCACGUUAAUUUUAAACGCUCGAAUAAAUCUUUGCAAAACAUUUUAACCCUCUACCAGAUAAUGUGCUCGAUUGAUCACAGAAGACGAUCGAUCUCUGUUAAUUGAGAAAAUUUUUUUUCGUAAAAUUAGCAUCAUUCAGUUUCAAUAUAGACAUAUCUAAUAGCAAGAGAUGGCUUCUCUUUUGAAAAAUAAAAACAAAAUUCAGAGGGUUAAGUCGAAUUUAAAAAUAACAUUUAAAAAUAAUAGCUGGUGGAGUUUAUGAUGGUAUUCUAGGUCCUACUGCAGGUUCCUCCUAGAUGUAUCCUGCAUCCAUCGUUCGCUCAAAUAAUCAAUUCUAACUCUGCCACUUUCCUUAUACCGAUUUCGUUAAAAAUAAGUGGGCCAGAUUUCGAUAUUAAAUACGAAUCUUCUGGUUACUUUUACCGCGUUCCUUCCAACGUCUUUCGCUCGACUGACUGAUAUUGGCGAUGAGAAAAGAAACGAGACACCGGUCCUCGGAGGUUACGUACCGAUCGUGGGCAUCAGAUCGAUGCCAUUCACGCAACGAAAUGUUCUCUUUUUUCUAAGAGUUUAACAGCAAAUAGUUACCACGUCACUUCGAAACCUCCAAACCGAACCAUACAUUUUUCCUCUUAAUUGUACACGUACCACGGUUACGCAACGUGAAUUAUACCGAGCUACCGCGACCUCAUAAAUUACCCGGGAGGCCCAGCUCGUGGGAGUACACAAAGAACCACGGCGUUUCGUUGGCCGAAAACCGUUCCGCGGCGCAAAAUCAUUCACAGCUACUCCGUUUAACUAUACACACAAGGAAUCGUGGACCGUGCAACAACAGAUGCAACAAUGCACUCCCUCGCGGCCACGCAAUAAUUAAUUGCGCCCCCGCGGCCACAAUGGCGAUAGGGAGAGCCGGUCUUGGGCUGGCGCACGGGGCAUUAUUUCGCCGAAAAAAAUCCCACGAACGCGCUGCCGCGUCGGACGGGUGGCUCUUAUCGUGGCCGUGUUACGCGAACGGGAACGUAUUAUGGAAUUCGUUGGUACCCGUGCUUAAUUAAGGCCCGCCUCGAACUACCCAGAGUCUUCCGCAUUUGUGGGAUCGGCUUGCAUUGGUCGGACACGCGGCUGUUUCGCAGCUGCGCUGAGAAAUUUAUCUCGUGGCUCGAAAGGAUCUUAGGAGAAUCCUGAGAAAACCUUCGGGACGCACAAAGUGCAUUCGGUCAGCGUGAAUCGUCUCGGGUUAAACUUUACUUCGGGGCGCUAAAAAUUAUUGACUAUUUUUUACCGUUUAGUAAAUUCAAUUUUUUUGUUUAACACUUAAACUUCCGUUUUUGUGAUCUAGGCACCAAAAGCUGCUAAAUGGUACGAAAAAGAAGUCACUAAGUUUCAGCGCCACGAAGUAAAGUUCAGUCAAGGUUCGUAAACUGUCGGAAUAAGGUUGCGACUAUUUUAACUCUGGUUUAACUUUUUGUUGCACCCCCGUCGCUAAAUUUCUGGGUGUGCCACUGCGAAGGAUACGGCCGUUAGGACUGUUAGGACCUGCCCUGACUGAACACACACCACCAUCACGUCCCUGCCACGGGAUAUAUAAAUUAUACAUGUAAAUAUACGGGCGGUCAGGCCGAGAGAGAGAUCGAACCCGAAGAUAUCGAGAAAUGUGUUGGCGACCCGCACACACCUCACCGUUCUUUUCCACUUCCAGCGUAUUCCCAUCGUCGUCUUUCUCUUCUUCGCACGAACAAGCUCACGCAUCUAUGUACGUGCCUAUGGCGAAUACCUUUGUCGCCGCUACCACCGAAACGUCCUUAUCCCGCGCGAGCGCAUACCGCUCCCGCUAAUUCCUAUGCAUUUUUCGAAUUACCGGUGAAAU